UCUUCGAGCGAGUCUGCUCCUCCAAGUGUCAUUAUUCGCGAAUCGCCUCUUUGUCCGGUUUCGCAAUGUCUGUUGAUCGUCGACAACGUCGACGAUGACGGGGACGACUGCCACGAUGUGGAUUAACACCGACAACACGAAGUCUUGUGUGCCGGUACGCCACGUUCCCAAUUUCACACGCCGCCGGAUGGACACACGUCGUGUAUACGCCGGGAUGCCGCGGCGCGGCACGCCGCGUGUGUGCCAGCAGCAACGACCAGCUAUCGGGAAAGGAAAAAAGACGAGAGGAGAGCAAGCACGAGAAACGAAGAGAGAGAGAGAGAGAAAACGACACACACAUCGCGGCCAUUUUAACUGCGCCGUACGCUAACCCGGGCCACCCAGUGUGUAGUACGAGAGAGCCACCGCCACCACCACCACCACCGCUCUCUCCUUAGGCUUAAACUGCGUCUCUCGCGUGCGCGCUUUGCUUCUGCGCACGCGAGACGGUACAUGUUUUCUCACACACAGACGCACGUAUACACGCGAAGAGACAGAAGCGCGCGCGGGCCCGCCUGACGCUCGUGUACCACGCACACUGUCGCGAUUCUCACAUAGUUGUUGUUUGUUCGUUAUACCGCGGGACGUCUUUCCUCGUUGAUUCCAUAUCGUCCAAGAGUCGGAGAAAAUUGACAGCGACCGGGGCCACUGUACACGAUGACGAUCGUCGAUACGGUGACACGAGCGAGAGAGAACGGUCGAGGAAUGUGUGUGCAGGCUCGACCGGUAUGUUUGCUCGACGGGAAGCGCGCCACACGACGAACGGAGGACUCUGUUGGUGAGAGAAUCGGGAAUAUAUACCCACGUUGCAUCUACUGUAGAUGGACAAAUGGUGCGUGAAGUAUGGAGAAACGGUAUCGAGGAAUCCCCCGUGGGAACGAACGCGAGGACGAUAACAAAGAAAGGAACGAACGAACCAACGGAACGGCCAAUUGGGUGCCGGAGAGAGAGAGAGAGUGGAGCGAGGAAAUUUGUUCAGCCGGUAACAACGGACUUGACAGCGACAACGGGGUUACCCUAUGAUAACCCGUGCGGAAGAAUCGGAACGCGAUGGAAUAAUUGGAAAUGCGCGAAGCCAUGAAGAAAAGGAAUACGAGUCGAGGUGAAGAAUUAUCGUAAACAGACAUAAAACUGAAUGCGAGAUCGAAUGACGAUCUUACCCGGAGGAAACAAAGAGGCACGCGGGAAUCUCGUGGUAAAACGUCGUCGUCGUCGUCGUCGUCGUGAAUUUCGUGGCUGCGGACCAUGGACAAUAGGAAAGAGGAAAAGGACCGAAAACACCGAGAAUCGGGAGGAUACUUGUUGAGGGGUUUCACACCGUAGCUAACAAUGGAACGAAACUCGACGCCAACGAGAUCAUGCAGUCGGUGCUGCAGAUCGUCGAUGAUCCUGACACGCAAGUCCGGGUGGACCUGAUGGAGCAACUGCCGCACUUGGCGACAAUCUGCCACGAGGCGCCUCAUCUAUUCGGCGAUGCUCUCCACGAUCAUCUGCUCGGCAUCAUUAUCAAAUACCUACAGGAUCAAGAUAAUCUGAUACGUAUGACGACCCAGGCGACGGUGCUGACGCUAACGAAGAAGGGACUGCUCGACAACCACACGAUCGAGAUCAAACUAUGCCCCAUUAUAGAUACCCUCUGCAGCUCCGUCGAUUACAUUCACUUUGGCAUCUCUCUCAUGAACAAGUUGGCGCCACUCAUUGGCAAAGAGCUGACAGAAAAGAUUUUUCUGGACAAAUACAUUGCCCUGUGCAAGGACACGGAGUUCUACGUGAAAAAGAUCUGCGUGUCGCACUUUGGAGAACUUUGCGCCGCUGUCGGGAGGAAAGCGCUUUUUCGUAAACUGUUCCCGAUAUUCGUCGAUCUCUGCUGCAAUAAAGUGUGGGGUAUCCGAAAAGCGUGCGUGGAAGUUAUGGUUCCUGUAUCAUGCUGCAUGACCCUCCAGCAUCGUCAAUUACUCUUGGCAGAACUUCUGGAGACGCAUCUUAACGACGACUCGAAAUGGGUGCGAAUGUCCGCCUUUCAAAUUUUAGGACCAUUUAUAUCUACGUUCGCGAAAGAGUUUACCGAAGUAACGUAUCAACGUGGCGAAUUAGUGUUCACCAGCCAACAAGAUCCUCGUUUCAGUAUAAGGUACUCGUACGAAGGAAUUUUCCCCACGAAAGGCGUGAUACAGAAUCUUAUACUGGAGCCGGAGGAUCAUAAUUCUAAGGAUAACUUCAAUUCGUCUGUGAUAAUACAAAAACCAAUUUACGAGGAAGACGACGACAAGGAUGAGUCCCAGAAAGAUAUUUUCAGGAUGAGAGCUUAUAUGACGAAGAAGCAUUCGAAGAACGAGAAUCAAACAACAGACGACACGGAAAAGUACAAUCCGUUUUUAUACUACUACAUAGCUCCAGACCUUCCUCCAGACGACGAGCUCGUCGAAGCUGCGAAAAAAUCUGCAGCUCAGAACAACGUUGAUUGGAAACCAAUGACCGACACCACUGCGUCGAGCAAAGCUUCCUCGUUGGACGAUAUACUGAAGGAAGAAGAGUAUUCGGCGAACGAACCUGAGAUGAUCAUUGUCAACGGACAGAAGAUCGUCCCUUUGCAUCUCGUCAACUCGUUCUUAUUCAUGGCAGAGCCGGAAUGUUCAGACAUGGGCACGGAUAUUCUUCAUCAUUGCGCGUUCAGUUUCCCCGCGGUUGUGUUGACGUUGGGCAAAGAGAAUUGGCCUUACUUGCAGUCAGCUUAUCAGUCUUUGGCGAGCGCGAAUCAAUGGAAAGUUAGGCGCACUCUGGCCUACAGUAUCCACGAAUUAGCCACCAUUCUCGGCCAAGAACUCACUACCACCGAUCUCGUACCGAUCUACGACGGAUUCAUCAAAGAUCUGGACGAGGUCAGGAUAGGUGUACUGAAGCAUUUAUCGACGUUUUUAAAAAUACUCAAACCGGUCGAUCGACGACAGUAUCUACCAAGACUGAAGGAAUUCCUCGCUACAGACAACGAGUCGAACUGGAGGUUCCGGGAGGAUUUGGCCACCCAGCUGUUGGAGAUCGUGAAUUUGUUCGGUCCGGUGGACGUAGAACGACAUAUCGUGCCUCUGUCCCUUAAGCUACUUCGCGAUAAAGUAGCUGCUGUGAGACACGUUGCGUUAUCCUUGGUAACGCAAAUAGUGGCCCAUCUUUCUGACAACGAACGCCUCGUCGCAGCUCUGUUCCAAGAGCUGAAGUAUUCUCUUGCGGUGAACGGGACAAAAUGGAUCAGACGACAGACGUUUGCUCUCAUAUGCGCGAAAUUAAUAUCCAGCAACGCGAUCAGCGGCGACAGAUUCUCGCAGGAGAUGUUACCGAAUUUGUUGAAAUUAUCCUCGGACAAAGUACCAAACGUGAGAUUAGCCGUGGCGAGAACUCUGUCGAAGAAUGUUGUCUCCAUGGGACCAGAAUGGUUGGGAGUCGAGCAGGCAGAAGAAGUGGAGAGAAGACUUAAAGAGAUGAGAUCAGAUCCGGACAGAGACGUGCGAUUGCUAGCUGGUGGCGAAGAGAAUCCUGUAUUAGAUAUACUGUCGCAAACGAAAACCGAACAGUCGAGAAAUAUAUUGUUUUAACCGAUAAUUCGAUCUACGUGAUGAUUAUCAAAGUUCGAAUUAUUUCCUGCCAUACGAAUCAAUUUUACACUGGACUGCCACGAGAGAUGGAUGUCGUACGAGUGUUCUUCCACAACACACAUGAAUUAUACCUGUCGACGGAGAGGAAAGUUAAUUAGGAGGGAAGAGAGAUAUGUCUAUGCCGAGAAAACUAGAAGCAAAGGUUUCUUUUCAAAGAAUACGAUAGUUGUGUAUCUAUGAUGUAAAAAUGAGCUCAAGUUUUACCGAAACAAACAAACAAACAAACAAACAAACAAAAAUAUAUAUAUACCAUUUAGUGCAGUCAAGAUAGACAAAGUGUAACUUAAACGUUGUCGUUACGACCAAGGGACCGACGAUUUCCGCGCCCUUUUAGACUAAGACAGAUUAUAAGUAUCAAUGGUCAAAAGACAUUAUGCAAUUAUGUAAGAGUGUGUGUGCGUGUUUAAAAGGAGUUUGAACAGUAUGCGUGGUUUAGUAUUCGCGAGUAUGUAUGCGUUUACCAUUGUGAUCAAUAUGUAUUUGUAAGUGGUUCCUUGGACAAGCCGGAUAUUACUAAUUGGAGAUAUCGCAUCGACGAGAUCUCCUUGUUCUUUGGUAAACGGUCAUAGCACGUUCUCUUCAGC